GACUGUAUGCAAAUUGUUUGAUUAUUCUAUCCCUGUUCCCACUCUCCCUACCCUUCCCUGUUUGAUUGUUCUAUCCCUGUGACCACCGGGACUUCUAGAGUUCCACAUCAGCUUGUGCUGAUGUCGACGGAACAGGACACUGGGGCACUGCCACGACGCAGUGCCAGGCUCGCAGUUCGUCGCCGUUCUGUGGUACCUCCACGGUCUAAGUAUCAGCAACAGCGACUCAGCAGGCGGACGACUCCAGCGGCAUCAAGUACAGCUACGGCAGUACCAGUUACCACCGGGGCUCUUCCCGCAUGUCCGGUCCAAGGGGCCAGUGAGCCGUUGUCUGCUUACCUUCAGCGGGUACAGGCAUUUACGGAUGUCGUAGCUACCGCUAAGGCACAGCUGGAGGCAGCAGAGGCAGAACGUCAGCGGCUGGCCAAUGAGGCGGCAGCCCAAACUCAGCGGACUGCUGAGGCUGACGCAGCGGCACGAGACAGACGGAAUGCCAUCAGCACGGAGUCCCUGAUUCAAAGUGAGAAUCAGUGGACAACUCUACUCCAAGGCAUGAUCUUUGUGCCUACGGACGCGCAGGCGGAUCCUACACCGGCGGAGGCAGAGAGAAGUAACCUGGCUAACUUGAUGUUGAGCGUGAUGAGGGGAGUAAUGUGGAACAACAAACUGCUGCAGGCACACCUGCUUACGGAACGACAACACAGACAGAAGCAGCAGCAAGAUACUGCCGCUUUAGCAGCUGCCGUCCGCGCAGCAGCAAUACAGCAGCAGCAACAGCAUCAGCUGUUGACCUCCGGUCUCGCACGAAUCAACAGCAUUGAGGCUCAAGCCUCAGCAGCGCCAGGCUGCACGAUUGACACGACGAAACAGCUCAACGAGCGCAUCGACCAUGUCGUCAGUCUAAUCGGCGAACUAGGGGAUUUCACCAGUCCGGCUACGAUCAGCAGCACGGUGGCCGCCAUCAAGACGGAUAUCGCCAAGCUGCAGUCGCAACCGGCAGCAGCUGCGAAGGUAUACAAGAUGCCACGCUUCAACAUCGGCAAGUUUGAGGACUACAACAAGACCGACACUUCGACAUGGUGGCAAGCCUUCCUCACGGAAGCGUCCUGCCACAAGGUCCCAGCCGAAGACAUGAUGAAGGCACUAUACCUCCAACUCAUUGGAGGUGCGCAGGCGUGGAUGAACCACCUCGCAGUUAACAAGAAAACCACGAUCGCCGAGCUACACAAACACCUCACGUGGGAGGAUUUUGAACAGUUGUGGUUCACUCGAUUCAUGGUCCGCAACGUUGUGAAGGCGGCCAUGAACGAGGUCUACACUUGCUCACAGGGAAUCACUAGCACGAUCGGUCGAUGGAUGUAUUACAUCGACCAGUUCGACUUUGACCCGUGCCACAUUCCCGGUCCCGCCAAUCGAGCCGCGGACGCCCUCUCACGACGGCCCGAUUUUUGUGCCAUUGUGACCACGACAUUCGACCUCCAUGAUGAUCUGCAGCCGCAUUUUGUCAAAGGCUACAAGUCCGAUCCGACUUACUCUACGCUUUACGCGGAGCUUUCAUCGGAUCACCCGCCGGCUAGCCAUUAUCGGAUUUCUGACGGGUUCCUUCUCCUUCACACGAGAGGAAAGGACUUGUUAGUUGUGCCCCAAGAUCGCAUCUUACGGACUCGUCUUCUCGGCGAAUUCCACGACGCACGACUUUCGGCACACCUUGCCGUAAACCGCAGAUUAGCACGCCUCCGUCAGCGUUUUCAAUGGCCCGACGUCCUUCAUGACGUCACGAGGUACAUUGAGUCAUGUGCAGUUUGCCACCAUAACAAGGGUCGAUCUCGAGUCCCCUUCGGCGAACUAAAACCGUUGCCGAUUCCCCGGGCACCGCGCCUCUCCAUUGCUAUGGACGUGACAGGCCCGUUCCCCCGCGAUCGCCUCGGCCAUGACGGUAUUCUCACGGCCGUUGACCGUUUGAGCAAGUAUGCUCACUUCCUUCCUUGCAAGUAUCAUGCUGCAGCGCCGGAGCUCGCACGACUCUUGCACACCGGUUGGAUUACCAACAAGGGUGUACCGGAAGACAUAGUGAGCGACCGAGAUACUCGCUUCAUGUCGGCCUUUUGGACUUCCCUUAUGGCUGAGUCCGGCACGACAAUGAAGCCGAGCUCGACUCGGCACCGCCAGACGGAUGGCCAGACGGAGCGAGCACACCAGACCGCUCAGAUGAUGUUGCGUACGCUCAUCCGUCCCGACCAGAAAGAUUGGGUUGACCGGCUUCCCGACAUCGAGUUCGCCUAUAACACUUCGGUGCACCCAGCGAUCUGCAUCACACCAUUCGAGUUGCAUCAUGGUGGAGAGAAAGCACGGAUCUUCGCUGAUCUCCUUCUGCCACAGGCCGCCGACAUAGACGUCCCUUGCUCUCCCGCUUCAAUCCGGAAGUACCGGUACUUGCUGAUGAAAGCCCGCGCAAAUAUGCAAAAGGCUCAAAUCCGCAUGCAGCAGCAAGCUAACUGACGUCGACUUCCAUGUCCUUUCCGCGAGGGAGACCUUGUUUGGGUCCUCUCCGAGGAAUUUGCGCUCGAGCAGGACGU